AUGUCACAGGGAGGCCUUCAUUCAAGUGCUCCGGCGGGGGUUGAUCAAGAUCUUGUGGAGAAAGGCGAUGUUUUGGUUGAUGCAUUCGACAAAAUUGGAGAGAAUGCAAGACCAACCGACCCUGUUAUUGAGAGAAAAGUUCUAAGGAAGAUAGAUCUUUUUCUCAUGCCAGCAAUGAUGAUUGGGUACGGAAUGGUCUACUAUGACAAACAAGACCACCAAACAUUAACUAACAGAUCAUCUUGCAUGAAGGCUCUCCUUGGAAAUGCAGCUAUUUUCGGCAUGACGACCGAUCUUCACCUCUCCGUUACUAAUACGACAGUCAGCCCAUCUACAACAGAUACAUCCAGGUUGAGUUGGGCAACUUCUUUGUUUUAUUUUGGUCAAUUGGCUGGGUCCUACCCGAUGACAUACGCUCUGCAACAUUUCAAUAUAAGAUACGUGCUUGGCCCCGUGGUCAUGAUCUGGGCUAUAAUCUGUGCAAGCACUGCAGGAGUUACUACUUGGCGGGGUCUCUUUGCACAAAGAUUCUUUCUGGGUUUUACCGAGUCUAUCAUUCCCACUUGUUUUAUGGUAACUGUCAGCGGAUUCUACACCCAGUCAGAACAGGCCCUACGCCAGAGUUGGUGGUGGUCCGGAACUGGUUGGUUUACGAUUAUAGGUGGUGCCAUUAGUUACGGUUUUGCCCAGAUAGAGGGGUCUCUGCAUCCGUGGCAAUAUGUCUUUAUUUUCGCCGGAACCUUGACAUUCCUCUUUGGUUUCUGGUGCUUCUUCCUCCCGAACUCACCGGCCAAUGCGUGGUUUCUGACAGCGGAGGAACGAAUUGUGGCUGUCGAGAGGCUUCGGGCUGGACAAACAGGAUUAAAUAACCAAAAAAUCAAGUUCCAUCAGAUCAAGGAAGCACUACUAGACAUUAAAAUACACUGUCAAUGGGGCAGUAUCCGGUUUUGGGCCUUUGAUUGUAUCGACUUCCCUUUGGGAGGUCUGUCUGGUGUUGGAAUUGUGUUUACCGGCUGGCUAUGCUCGCGAUACCGCAAUAUUCGAAUUAUAAGUUUGCUUAUAUGCUGUCUUCCUGUCAUCGCAGGUUUUGCUAUGAUUUGGAAAUCAACCUGGGGCCAUAAACCAGUCACUCCAGUUGUUGGAUAUUCACUACUGGGAUUUUUUGGACCAGUAGUCGGGCUUAUUAUCUCACUUGGGGCAAGUAACGUUGCCGGCGACACCAAAAGAAGCUUUACAGCUUCUGCUGUCUUUGUUGCAUACUGCGUUGGCAAUAUCAUUGGUCCGCAGUUGAUUCGCUCUCAAACAAAGUCCCAGCACUACCCAGAGCUUUGGACUGGUCUGAUUAUUUGUUAUUGUAUUACAAUCUUAUCUGCUUCUGCACUCUACUUCUUGUUGGCAAGAGAAAACAAGAGAAGAGACGCAUUGAAUCUAGAUGAGAAUGAGCGCGAGCGACUGGGAUUUCAGGAUUUGACUGACAAGGAAAACUUUCACUUCAGAUAUGAAUAUUAG